AUGUUUGUCUAUCGAAUCAGUGGAGGCUCUGAGAAUCGAAAUGACUGGCAAAAGCGUGGGUGGCACCAAGAGGGUGGUCUGCCACAAAAAGUUAUUGCUCACUCGUGUCGCGGAACUCCAUGGUGGGACGACGUUGUGGCGGCCGAUGGCGCCGAUGGAGUACGCGUUGAGGUCGCCCGCAGCUUUGUCGUAGACAGGCCCGUCAUCGUCCCAGCAGUGGUCGAAGAGGGCGACGACGGCAUCGGCUUCGAUUAG